UACUCCUCCAGCUUAGGUGCUCGCCGUCACCAACGAUGCCACGCGAAUCUACAGACCGCAGAAAAUCAAGCAUAGGUAGUCGCCGCGGCCCCCCAAAGAAACAUAUUCCAUUCCGCGCCGACGAUCUUGGCCUCGGAAAGAAAACCGGAAUUGCAGUCCAAUACGUCGGCCGUGACUCUGAUGAAUUCGAGCCAUUCGACGAGGUCAUCAAGCAAGCUGACGAUCGCACACCGCCCCGAGUUAAAUCACGCAAGAAGAAGGCCCCAGUCGUCGCUACUCCCGUUCCAGAAGUCGACGAAUACGACGAGGAUGGGGAGAUGUCCAUGGAGUUGGCAGAAAGCAACCAGGGCAGUCCGCUGGCUUACCUUACCAAUGCGCCUUCCAUAAUGGCGCCUAACAGUGCGCGCAAACCAGGCUCGUCGCGGUCCGUCCCGCGAACGUCUGAGAUCGACUUUGACGAAGUACCUUCGCCCCGUAUGCGCACUGCACCGUCUAGGCGUGAAUCUACUGUGAAUGGUGCAGGACCUUCAGUACUCUCAAAGUCGUUCUCCGUAUACAACGACCCUCGUGAGCCUGACCCUGCUCCCGACCCCGAAUUCGAGCCAGCAAAUCAAGACUUUGACUAUGAUCCCCUACCGAACGACGACAGCCCGCCGCAAACAGGAACAAGUUUUGAUUAUGUGAAUGCGGACGAGGAUGAUGAGGAUGACGCUGCAGAAGUCGAAAAACAGAUAGCAUCACAGGCGAAGAAGGCUGACAAGGGCAAGGGCAAGGGGCGCGCAGAUAUAGAGCUGGGGCAACAGGAGGAAAACGAGAUCGAUGAGGAUAUUGCCCAGGGACUCGAAGAAGUUGAGAAUGCGCCAGAUGAGGAAGAAGAUGAAGACCCACCCCCUAAGAAGCCACGCAAAGAAAAACCGAAAGAGCAGCAACCGAAGAAACCAAAAGCAGCGCGUGCACCCAAACGAGUCAUCAAAUCAGUCGAAGAAAAUUCUCCACUACCUGAUGGGGUACGUCGCAGUCGGCGGCAUCGGUACAAGCCUCUUGAAUACUGGCGCCAAGAAAAAGUCGUCUAUGGUGGUGAUACUUCUGGUCUGAUUCUCGUUCCUCAAAUUAAAGAAAUCAUACGCAUCCCGCAAGAGCCUCCUAAACCACUCGGGAAGGCAGGAAAGAAGCGCAAGCGCACAGGCAGUGAACGUGCGAAGAGUAUACCUGAGCCAUUUGACCCCGAGGAAGGCUGGGACGACGAAACACAGGAAUCCGGUGUGGUCAUUGACUAUGCCACCGAGGAGCCUGUGUUAAGACGUAUUGUCUACACAGCAAAAAAGGUCGAUCCGAGACCUGCAGCUGGCGGCGGGUGGUUCUUUCAAAAGGUCUUCGGGGAGGGCGACUUCAUUGCGGCAGGCGUCCUUCGUAUACCCCCGCAGGGCCGCAAACCAAGCAAAGGCACAAAAGAUAAUACUUAUGUUUUCUACGUCAUUGAAGGCGCCGUAGCCGCUGUGAUUCAUGAAUCACAAUAUGUUGUAGCUACAGGGGGCAUGUUCAUUGUGCCGCGUGGCAACACCUACUACAUCGAGAACAUCUCCGAUCGAGAUGCGAAAGUCUUUUUCACGCAAGCUCGCCAGGUAUCGUUAGACGAAGACCAGCAACUAGAUCACGUAUCGCACUCUGCGCCUCCUUCAUCGCAUCCCCAGCGGUUAAGUGAGGGGGCGACUUCGGUAGCGAAGAGGGGGACGUCGAUGAAGAUGUGAAUAGUUCAGCAUGAGAUUUGUGAAUUUAAUAGCGCAUUCUUUAUAUUGCAGUUUCUUUUUCAUCGUCAUCGGUUCACUGUAACUUAUCAUAAUUAAGUGUCGUUUCUGUCGACAAAAUGAAUGGGACGGUUAUAGCGUUGGCUUAGCAUACUUAUAUCCGCUAGCACUUGGUGUAAUACUCAUACCCUUGUAUUCCAUCCCAAUUAUGUCAGGUCACUCAAACUCUGUCAGGG